ACCUCAGCCUGGUCUUACCUCGUCGAUGGCGAUUGGUUAGUGAGACAAGAAAUAUCUAGUGAAGGCAACGCGUCUUCUUGACCCAAACUGAAAGUUCCCAGCUAGAAACUUUUGUGUUCUAUAAACUUCAAGAAAUUCCUUAAAACUUGGGCAAUCGCUACCCAGUAGAGGAUUUGAGAAUGAAAAAAUUGUCAGCCCUGUUUUAUUUUCUUAUCUUUCUAUUCAUUAAUGAAACCUUGGCAAGAAAAAAUCCACGAAUAUGUUCAUCUUCGUGCGGAGAUCUACCCAAUAUCAGCUACCCUUUCCGUCUAAAGGAAGAUCCUGCUGCCUGCGGUGAUCCUGAUUUCGAAUUAUCUUGCGAGAACAAUAAAACCAUCAUGAAUUUCCAUGGAGGAUUAUACUACGUGAAGAGAAUUUCCUACGACGACCACACAGUUCAUGUUGCUGAUGUUAACCUGGCCAAUGGAAGGUGCAGUCUUCCAUACAGAUCAUUGUCAAUGAAGGAAGUGCAGUUGGAUGCUCGGUAUCCAGGGCUGGUUAAUUUCAAUUACUCGUAUGCUUUAAAUUAUGUUCGGUGUUUCAACAAUAUCAGUGAUCUAGGUUAUAGUAGAGUACCUUGUUUGAGUGGAAAUAUAUCCCAUGUUUAUGUCAAUAUAACUGGGUACAGUUCUUUAUCCUCGUAUGAUAUUCCAAAGUCAUGCAAGGUCAUUGCAACUGCCCCUGUAUUCUAUGAAGAAACUGUGCAGCAGUACCCUCCUUAUGAGACAGUGUUGAAGAUGCAGGAGUCAGGGUUUCAGAUGACAUGGUCGGUUGAGUGCAGAGAUUGCAGGGCAAUGGAUCGUGGCUGCGUCUAUAAAUCUAGAGAUACAACUUUUCUCUUUAAAUGUGAAGAGGAAUAUGAUUAUUAUGCUGAUUUUCGAUUGAUUUACACCGUUUUUGCUGCAGUGUGGCUGACUGCAAUAAUUGGUUUUGUGAGAUUCAUUCUCCUUCCACUGGUUGUAUUUGCUUUCAUUCUCCACAAGUACUUCUCCACGAGAAAGAAGAUCGAUGUCAGGGAAGAAUCUUCACAGACUCAGCAGCCAUGGACUCCAGAAAGGUACAAUUAUCCUGAUAUACUUGCCAUGUCAAACAACUUCAAAGACAAAAUAGGGCAAGGUUGCUUUGGGACGGUUUAUAAGGGGCAACUUCCUGGUGGUUGCUCAAUUGCUGCUAAAAUGCUAGGGAGCUUCAAAGUCAAAGAAGAAAUUUUCAUCAAUGAAGUUUCUAGAAUUAGUAGGAUUCACCAUCCCAAUGUGGUACCAAUUCUAGGAUUCUUUUCUGAGAGAUCUAAACAUGCUCUUGUCUACCAAUAUAUGCCUAAUGGAUCUCUUUAUGGAAACUCCCAUUCGUUUAGUUGGGAGAAACUUCAUGAAAUUGCUUUAGGAACAGCGCAAGGUCUUGAGUUCCUACAUGGAGGGUCUGAUGGAUGCAGCGUUAUUCAUCUAGACAUUAAACCUCAAAAUAUACUGUUAGAUGAGAAUUUCAUCCCCAAAAUUUCAGAUUUCUGCCUCGCAAAAUUGUUCCCAAAGAAGCAUGAUUUCAUGUCAUUGUAUGCCACGAGUGAAACAAUCGGAUACAUGGCACCAGAAUUGAUUUCAAGGAAUUUUGGAGAUGUGUCUUGCAAAUCAGAUGUUUAUAGUUUCGGAAUGGUACUGCUAGAAUUGGCAAGUGGAAGAAGGAAUGUCGAUGUAGAUGCAAUCAAUUCAAGCAAAGUGCAUUUCCCUUCUUGGGUCUAUGAACUGAAUGAGAGGGGAGAUUUGGAGCUUGAGAAUAUAACAAAAAGUGAUGCCAUCAUAGCCAGAAAGUUGUUCAUAAUUGGGUUAUGGUGCACUCAAACUCAGGCAUCAGAUCGCCCCUCCAUGACCAGAGUCGUGCAAAUGUUACAAGGGAACAUUGAUGAUCUGGAAAUGCCUCCCAAGCCAGUCUCCUUUUCCCUUAAUAUCUGUGUGACAGAGCCUGAGUCGGAUUCUCCAAAAGAGAUGCUAAUACCUAAGUCAAUGGAGAGAAGCACAUAGUAAUAUCAAACAUU